CGCCGGGUUUCCUGCCGCCCUGCUUUACGGCACUGCGUUAGCUCGUUAGCUACGGUAGUUUUGACACGAGAGCAGAAUUGUGACAGAACAGAGUUGUGCCUGUUUGAUAUAAUGGAAUCAGGGAUGAAGAAAGAAGCCGAGAAUGUUUGUGUGCUCUGCUGCCAGGACAUUGAUAUUUUCGCUGUGGGGAAAUGUGACCACCCGGUGUGUUACCGGUGCUCCACUAAGAUGCGGGUUCUGUGCGAGCAGAAAUACUGCGCCGUCUGCCGAGUGGAGCUGGACAAGGUUAUAUUUGUUAGAAAACUUCAACCCUUUGCUGCUCUCACUCAACAUGAGUACCAGGCUGAGAAGAAAUAUGACAUCUACUUCGGUGAAGGAAGAAUCUUUGCACAGUUCAGGAAGAUUUUGCUGUCUGAAUGUCCACAAUGUCCUGAGCCCAAAGUCUUCUCCAGAUUUGAUGAGCUGGAGCAACAUAUGCGGAAACAACAUGAGCUCUUUUGCUGCAAAUUAUGCGCUAAGCACUUGAAGAUAUUCUCCUAUGAGAGAAAGUGGUACAACCGCAAAGAGCUGGCUCGACAUCGGAUGCAAGGGGACCCAGAUGACACGUCUCAUCGUGGCCAUCCACUCUGUAAAUUCUGCGACGACCGAUAUCUGGAUAACGACGAACUGCUUAAGCACUUAAGACGAGACCACUACUUCUGCCAUUUCUGUGAUGCGGAUGGAGCACAAGAAUACUAUAGUGACUACCGCUAUCUCAGUGAGCACUUCAGAGAAAGCCAUUUUCUGUGUGAGGAAGGUCGCUGCAGUACAGAGCAGUUCACACAUGCCUUUCGGACAGAGAUCGACUACAAGGCCCACAAAGCUUCUGCUCACAGUAAGAACCGGGCCGAAGCACGGCAAAACCGGCAGAUCGACCUACAGUUCAACUACGCCCCACGCCAGCAGAGGAGGAAUGAUGGUCUAGUAGGUGCUGAUGACUAUGAGGAAGCCGAUCGCUUCAACAGACAAGGGCGCUCGGGAAGAGGAAGACCCCAGGGGUUACACCAGAAUGUAAGAAGCUGGAGGUACAAUAGAGAGGAAGAGGACAGGGACCUGGCUGCUGCGAUUCAGGCCUCACAGGCUGCUCGAAGACAGGCGGAGAGAGGACAAGUUCAUGAGAGAGUUGGCCAAAAACCACGCAAAGAGGAGACGGCGGAUGGCGAUGAGUUGAGAGGCAAUCGAGGUGCAGUCAAACCUCCUAGUGACAUGCAAGGUCGAUCAACGAAGAAUAAUGUCCCACUGAAGGGUGAAGACUUCCCAGUAUUAGGAGCUGGUGCACCACCGCCGCCUAUUCAUAGCAUGGUGAAACCCACUCCUGUCUCACUGAAAGAGGAUGAUUUCCCAAGCUUGGGACAUUCUGGUACAAUGGGUUCAGCCCCAAUGACACCAGCGUACAUGGCACAAGCUAGAAAACCUUCUUCUUUCCAAGAGGAAGACUUCCCAGCACUUGUCUCAAAGAUCAGACCUCAUAAGCCUCAUGAGACUACGACAUCUGCUUGGUCCCAAGUAGGAAGUAAAUCUGGUGUGCUCAAUAAUAAGCCUGUGGUUCUGCCGACGAAGACACACUCGCACAAUGCCCCUGUGUUUUCCGCUAAUGACCCACCACCCUCCUCCACUAUUCCUCAGGCUAAUACGUCUCGCCGCAAGAAGAAGCUUACCUCUUCACAGACCGCCAAAGCUACAUCCAAAGUCAAAUCUCCAGUCUCUUCAGAUGACGAAAACCCCCAACCUGGCAAAAUGAUUCAGGAGAUUUGUGCCGUCCCCACCAUGUUAGAUAUCUCGUCUCUGCUUACGGUGAAGACUGGCUCAUCACAGCCCAAUAACAAAAAUAGCAAGAAGAAGAGACAGCCUUCAGCUACCCCUUCCGGGACGUCCACAAAUAUCGUGGAAUUGGUUACCACAGCGGCUCACAAAGAAAAUGUACCCGAGACCAAGCCACCAGAUGGUAGUGUUCCUAAAGGCACUGUGGUCCCCAAAUCAAAUAUGUUCAUAAACGGAUAUAAGGAGAAACCUAAGGAAAUUAAGGACACUGUCCUUCCUGAAGAGCCCCCUGCCCCUAAAAAGCAGCCCAUCUCUGAACCAUCUGCUGUCCCUGAAGAAGAGGAUUUCCCUGCUCUUAUUUCUAAGAAACCUCCACCUGGUUUUAAGAACACAUUUUCUUCGAAGAACAUUCAGACAGUGAUGCCUCCUCCCCCUCCUGGUCUUGGGCCUGUGAUCAGCAAGCCUCCUCCGGGAUUCACCGGCGUCCCGCUCAACAGUAAUGUAGCAGAAUGCACAGUGCCAGUGUUUAACAGACCAGAAUCCUCACUUGGAACUUACCACAUGCCUGAAAACUUCAAACAGAGGAACAUGGACCUUAUUCAGUCAAUACAGAACUUCCUUCAAAAUGAUGAAUCCAAGUUCAAUGAAUUCAAAAACUAUUCAGGCCAGUUCAGACAGGGUUUAAUUUCUGCUGCCCAGUACCACAAAAGUUGCCAUGAGCUGCUGGGGGAAAACUUCAGCAGGGUCUUCAAUGAGUUGCUGGUUUUACUUCCAGACACACACAAACAACAGGAGCUUCUUACUGCCCAUGCAGACUUUAAAGCCAUGGAGAAACAGCAGCCAGGCUCCAAAGGCAAGAAGAGCAAAAAGAAAGCCUGGCAAACGUGUACCUCUAACAACAAUCUAGACUUGGACUGCCAAGUGUGUCCUACCUGCAUGCAGGUAUUGGCCCCAAAAGACUUCAGUGCUCAUAAGACCCUGCAUAUUGGAGAUGACGACUUUCCCUCUCUCCAGGCUAUAAGCAAGAUUAUCAGUUAACUGCCAAGAACAGGAGCACUACUCCGACAGAUGAAAAGAUGUUUUUUUUUUUCCAAGGGUCAAAGAUGUUUAAGACAGUGAGGGAUCAAAUGAAACACAGUGCAGCUGUAGUGUGGCUAGAGCAUGGGUGCCCAACUCCAGUACUGGAGUCCAGCAGACUCUGGUGACUUCCUGGUUCUGAGCUGCCUAAUUUGGCAAAAUUGUUAAUUACCAGGUUUAACUAUGGCAUUCCAGGAGUGGAGUUGGACACAUCUGGGUUAUAGCAUUUGAAAUAAUUCACCACUUUUUUGAAAAAAGAAAAAAAAAAGAAAGAAAAGAAAAAAAAUUCCCAACUCAGAAGUGAAAUUGAAAUGAUUUGAUCGGAGAUAUUUGCUUUUGGUGUAUUCAUUAUUAUUAUUAUUAUUAUUAUUAUUAUUAUUAUUAUUGUAUAAUACAUUUCUUAAUCCCAUAUCUCUGGAUUUAUGGGUAACAUUUUCAUCAGGUUUGUACACAUGCUUUAGGCAUGAUCAUUUUCUAAUGCUAGCUGCUGCAUUUGACCCCAGAACAUUUAUUUAUGGAGUUAUUUUCAUUACAGAACCGUUGCUCACCUGUUUCUCAAAUAACAACAAAAAAUAAAGAGGUUAUAUGUAUAUUUGGAUGGAGGAAAAUGAUGUGAGUAAAAAGUUGUGCAAGUGCCUAACAAAUGA